AUGCUCUAUUGCUGCUGUUGUGGCAAGCCAAGGAGGAAGCGGAAUGCUGAUGACAUGACAAGGAUGACAUCUCAAGCUUUUGAAGAAGGCAGCAAAAAGAGUGGUGUCCUGGUAAGCAAGAUCAGUGUAAUGCACAGCACUGGGCUGAGAAUGUGGCUGGGGGUCACAGUUCUGAUUUCUCUUGCCAUGAGUUUGGCUGUGGAGGAAACAACUGAAGAAGGAAUACCUUGUUCAAAGUACCAGCAAGCUUUCAACCAUUCAUGCUAUGAGUUUGUUAGACUCCAGCAAACCUUCACAGGUGCCCAGAGCUGGUGUGAGAGAGGAGGAGGGCAUCUUGUCUUUAUUCAGAAUGAAGAAACUCAAGAGUUCUUGCAAAAACAUAUUGCUGAGGAUCAGGAAUGGUGGAUAGGACUGAUCUCCAACUCCUUGCUGAAUGAAACUGCUUAUGGGUCAAUAACUUGGCUGGACACUUCAAAUAUAAUCUACAGUAACUGGUACAAGGAUCAGCCAUCUCCCUUCUCAUCCAUGUGUGGGUACAUCCUGAAGAAUGCCAAGUAUCAGUGGGGUGUGACUGAAAAUUGCAGCCAGGAAUUUGACUUCAUUUGCGAGUUUGAAUCUGGCCAGAGCAUCGCUUGUGGUAAUUCCAAUGCCACUGUACAGUGUGGAUCAGGAGAAGUAAUUCAAAUUGAAGAGAGCUUCUAUGGGAGGAAGACCCCUCACUACUGUGUGUCAGAGACUCCUCUGCAGUUUGACAGGGAUGAAGGCUGCAGCUGGCUCAGUGUCAAGGAUGAAGUAGCAGGCCAGUGUCACGGGCUGCAGGCCUGCCAGGUGGCAGCAGAUGGCACUUUCUUUGGAGAGCCUUGUCCAGCUUUGGGAAGCUACUUGUCAAUUCAGUACCACUGCAAGGAAGGUCUGCAGCUGGUUAUGAAAGACACAUGUUUUGUCUUUGAAAAUAUCACAGUCACUUUGAUCUGGCUGCUGUCACCGUACUCUGGGAACCUUUCCUGUACCAUCAGCACUGGAGAUGGUCACACCAUUGAUCCUUACUACCCUCUAAACCUGGUCAGCAACCUCACAUACAGGUACUCCUCUCCUGGGGAGUUCAGUGUUUUUGUGGAGUGCACCAGCAGCGAGUGGCACGUGAUGGCCCAGAGGCAGGUGACAGUUCAGGAGCAGGAGGAGCAGCUCAGCAUCACCGGGUGCUACAGCCAGCACGAGGCAGGGAACAGCUCCCGCUGCCGAACGCUCUAUGGGGAGCUGCUCUGGAUCCAGGUUCAGCUCACUGCAGGCGAUGGAGUAACCUACAGUGUGCUAGCAGAUAACAUGACACUGAGUGAAUCCAGUGCAAAGGAAGGCUUUGUCCCCCAUAACCUGACACUCAGCAGGGCCUCUCAGGAGCUGAUAGGCCCAGGGAUGCACCAGCUGGAGAUCCGAGCAUCCAGGAGCACGAUGGCAUCGCAGAUCUCUGCGACUAUUGCUGUUCAUUUAAUUGAGCCAGUGUCUGGAAUUCAGGCUGCAGUGGCUUCCCACACUCUGCAGCUGGGGCAGGAUUUGGAGGUGAAUGUCUCUGUGUCCCAUGGUGCCCCAGAGGAGCUGAUGUUUGAGGUGAUUGGAUCCAACCAAAGCCAGCGGCACAAAGCAGACGGCCCUCGUGGGGAGCCGCGGGCGUACGGCGUUCCCGUGCCCUGGGAAGGUACUUAUCUAGUGAAAGUGGUGGCCAUGAAUGACUUCUCCAACAUGAGUCUGGAUCUUGGAUUCAUCACUGUGUUGGCAAACAGCUCCCAUAAAGAAGAUUUUGAUAUGGAAGAAAGCAGCUACAAAACAAAUAUCCCAAACAAAAAUGAUCACAAAAUAUAUAUUAAACCAAGUCGCCAUGUGGAUCCUUUCACAACUGUUACACUUGGCUGGCCAGACAACAACAAUAAUUCCAGUUUUCUCUGGACCUGUGGAGCUUGCUGGCCUGCCUGGAAUGAAUGUGUGAAGCAACAGAUAAUCCUAAUCAACCAAAGUGAGGUGCAAAUCCCACCUUCCUGCCUUCCUCCUCCGAAAUCAGCAGUGACUGUCAGGAUUACUGUCCAAAACCAUGGCAGUGAAGAGAGGCAGGAUGAGCAAUGUCUCUAUGUGACUGCAAAACAGGAACUGCAACUGGAAAUCAGGUGUGAGGCAAACUGCAAGCCAGUGAAUGUUAGUGAUGAAGUUGUUUUGAGUGUCUCUGGACAGGAGGACUCCCAGGCCAUAUAUUAUAACUGGUAUUUAGAUAACACAUUCCAAAACAAGCCUACAACCCUCCCUCUAGCCUGUGGCCUGACUGGUUUCCAGCAGCACUCUUUGAAUUUGCUUCAAAGCAACUCAUCCACGUUGAGAAUGAACAGCUCCUUCUUGCAGACACAGGGAGAAGCUUUUCAGAUUAAAGUAACAGCCUUCAGAGUCUCCUGCAGCGCUCCCGGCUCGGCCAGCCCUGGCAGGCAGCUCACCUAUUGCUUCUAUGUGACACCAGAUUCUCUCCUGGAUUGUAGCCCGGAUCCUGAACUCUUCCCAGUUUAUCUUCCGCUUGGAGAAGAGGAAAAUGAUUUUAUUGUACAUGUAAAAAUUAUUGUUAGCAACAACUUUGGUGAUACCGUUCAAACAAAUGCUUCAGUGAAGGUUGGCCCUGCAGAUGUGAUGGAUGGGAACCUGACCCUGCAGGCUGUGGUAUCUGAGAAGGCAAACACCAUCCUAAAAGAUGGCAACAGCAGCAUGAGUCUCUUCCAGCUGUACAAGUCAGUCACAUCUGUCCUUAAUCAGCAGAGCCAAGAGCAAAGUUUUAACAUGUCUUUACAGACAGACACACGAAAAGAGCUCCGAGGGCUGAUGCUGACAACUCUCUCUGUUGUUAACAUAACAUCAAUGCAGACUGCUCUGAAGAUGUCAGAGGUAUUGAAAGAAAUCACUUACAGGAGUGAGGAGCUGUCUGUCUCAGCACAGGUGGAAGCCAGCAACACUCUGAAACAUGUCAGUGCCUCCUUGCUCACUGUAAACACAGAGCACAGCAGAGAUGGCCAGGAGUUAAAGCAAGCAGCCAACUAUUUGUUUGAUGCAGUGAGCAGUGUUCUUAAAGCUUCUGUAGAAAUCAGAGCUGGGAACACUUCAGUGCCAGAGGCAAAGCAGAUUUGCUUCUAUCCCCUCCUUUUGCCUCAUAAUUCAAGGAAGCCACAGAGUUCAGUGUCACACCAGCUCCUGAGUACAGUUGAAAAUCUCCAGAGUGCCCUUCUGUUUGGGAAGGCACCAGGUGAUGAGCCAACAGUGCUCACCUCUCCCUCUGCCACAAUGUACAUGCACAGAUUGCAAACAGAAAACAUGGAUAGCACAUCCAUUAACAUCUCCAAUUCCAGCUCUGCCAGCUUUACUCUCCCACCUGCUUCCUCUCUCAAUAUUUCAGGAGUUGAUGGUGAAACAGUGGAUAUAAGGAUGGUGAGCUUUGCCAUGAAUCCCUUUUUCUCCAGUGACAGCAGUUUUGACAUCAGUGGAACAGUGGGAGGUCUAAGUCUAACUGGUCUGGAUGGUUUGAUCAUACCUGUCAGCAACCUCAAAGAGAACAUUGAGAUCAUGUUACCAAGGCUUUCAGCAACUCAGGAAGAUAAGAUUCUGUUGAAUCUGGGCAAUUAUAGCACUUUUCAAGUCAAUGUUACCUCAGAAAACACAUCUAUAGUGAUCCACCUGGAAUCUGAACACGACAUUCCACUAAUACUUUACUUAGGGUAUGGUUAUCACCCAAAUGAAACCAACUAUGAUAUGAAAAAUCAUCUGUUCUGUAAGAAAACUGGAGGUGAGACGAACAGCUGGGUUCUCAGCCCAGAAGAACUCAUUUUUGGAGAGGGAACCUACUAUUUCAUGGUUUUACAAGAUAUGGAAAUGGAUUCAGCAGCCUACAGUGGGCUAACCAUAAAUGCCACUUGCUUUGCAUCCCGUUGCGUGUUUUGGGACGAGCACCAGGGAGGCUGGAACAGUUAUGGAUGUUUUGUAGGACCAAAAACAAACCCUAGCAGCACACAGUGCCUCUGCAACCAUCUGACCUUCUUUGGGAGCUCCUUCUUUGUCAUACCCAAUGCCAUAGAUGUCAGCAGAACAGCACAGCUGUUUGGUACAUUCGUGGACAAUCCUGUGGUGGUGACAACUGUAGGAUGCAUCUUUCUGAUAUAUGUGCUUGUAGUUAUUUGGGCUCGAAGGAAAGACAUCCAGGAUGAUGCCAAAGUGAAAGUCACAGUCCUGGAAGACAAUGACCCCUUUGCCCAGUACCGUUACCUGGUGACAGUUUUCACAGGACACCGCCGAGGUGCAGCCACAACCUCCAAGGUGACUCUUACCCUCUAUGGACUGGAUGGAGAGAGUGAGCCCCACCAUCUAAAUGAUCCUGAUACACCAGUCUUUGAACGUGGAGGAGUGGAUGUUUUCCUCCUCUGUACCUUCUUUCCUCUUGGGGAACUGCAGAGUAUUAGAUUGUGGCAUGAUAAUUCAGGGCACAGUCCAUCCUGGUAUGUGAAUCGAGUAUUAGUCCAUGACCUGGCAUGGGAUCAGAAAUGGUACUUCCUCUGCAACUCUUGGCUAGCCAUUGAUAUUGGAGAAUGUGUCCUAGAUAAAGUGUUCCCAGUAGCAACAGAACAGGACAUGAAGCAGUUCAGCAAUCUGUUUUUCAUGAAGACCUCCAAAGGUUUCCAGGAUGGGCACAUCUGGUACUCGGUGUUCAGCCGCUCCCCUCGGAGUUCCUUCACGCGCGCCCAGCGCGUGUCCUGCUGCUUCUCGCUGCUCCUCUGCACCAUGCUCACCAGCAUCAUCUUCUGGGGGGUGCCAAAGGAUCCUGCUGAGCAGAAAAUGGAUCUGGGUAAGAUCGAAUUCACAUGGCAGGAAGUGAUGAUUGGCUUUGAGAGCUCCCUCCUCAUGUUCCCCAUCAACCUGCUCAUUGUGCAGAUCUUCAGGAACAUACGACCCCGGCCAGCCCAGCAGGGCAGAGAGAAGAAGCUGGGAAAGAACGGCCAAGUGUCCCCAAGCCUGCCUCCCACCCCAGGGGCCUCCCAGGCUGCCUCUCUCACUCCCGAGGCUGUGACAAAGGACAUAAGAAGAAUUGCCAGCUCACUCUUUAAAGCCCUGAAGACUCCAUCUCCCACCUCAGCACCAGACCUUGAAAAAUCAGCUAAUAUCAACACACUCCUGUCAUUGGUUGAGGAUGUCAUCUGUCAGCAGAACAGAGCUGGGCAAGGGUUUUGUGAUGAGAGCAAGAAGGAUGGCCCUAUAAUUGUCACACUGGGUGCUAUGGAUAUCCAAGAAAAAACAAGAAGUCCAACUCCAGAGAAGAGAAUUUGUGACCAGCUGAAAUACAGUGGUUACCAUCGCUGCUUGUACAUGCAACUCCAGCAUGUAGAGAUGGAGCUGGAAUUACUGGGGCCCCAUAAAUUUCAGAUGCCUCAGAGUUACACACAAGCUGUUUGUCAGGUUCAGCAUAUGAAGAACCUCCUGGAGAAGCAAAUCUGCUCAUCAGCAUCCAACAGUGAGGGGUGGUCCCAUACUCCGAAUUUGUCCAGUGAUGACAAGAAAAGUUCUCCCAGAGGUCUGCCCUGGUGGUUUGUGUUCAUUGCUUGGUUCCUAGUGGCAGCCACCAGCGGUGUGUCUGGGUUCUUCACCAUGCUCUAUGGACUCCAUUAUGGCAAGGAGAACUCCAUCAAGUGGCUCAUCUCCAUGGUCAUCUCCUUCUUGGAAAGUCUUUUCAUCACACAGCCCUUGAAGGUGCUGGGAUUUGCUGCUUUUUUUGCUCUGGUUCUGAAGAAGGUGGAACAUGAGGAUGAAGAAAACACAGCUAUUGAUGGACCUUUACCAGGUGAUUCACACCCUCUCCUCGGGGUCCGAAGGGACAGUGGGAGCAACAUUUACCGGCCACCUCCUGCUGCUGAUGUGGAGAAAAUGAAACUCAGCCACAUGAAGGAGCAGAAAGCAUUUGCCCUCAUCAGAGAAAUCCUGGCCUAUCUGGGGUUUUUAUGGAUGCUGUUACUGGUUGCCUAUGGGCAGAGAGACCCCAAUUCCUACUAUUUAAACAAACACAUUGAGGACAGCUUUACAGAUGGAUUCCAUGAUGUCUACAGUUACCAGGAUUUUUUCACGUGGGCAAACACGACUUUACUCAGAAAUCUUUAUGGAUCAUAUAAAGGAUUCAUUACAGAUGGCAAUUCCAAGCUGGUGGGAAGUGCUCGGAUUCGCCAAGUAAGAGUGAAAGGAGACACCUGCCCUGUUUCUCCCAGACUCCAGCACGUGCUUGAGGAAUGCCACGCUCCCUACUCCCUGCAGACAGAAGAUACAUCACUUUAUGGGGAGCACUGGAAUGCCUCAGCCCCUGAUAACUCCUCUGACUUCAGCUCAGCAUGGCACUAUCAGAGUCAGUCCAAACUGAGAGGACACCCCAGCUGGGGUAAAUUUGCUGUCUACAGCGGAGGGGGAUAUGUGAUUCACCUGGGAACUGACCCCAAAAAUGCCUCCAGAAUUCUCCAGUACCUUUUCAACAAUGUCUGGCUUGACACCUUCACAAGAGCAGUGUUUGUUGAAUUUACAGUCUACAAUGCCAACGUGAACCUGUUCUGCAUUAUAAGCCUGAUGUUUGAAAGCAAUGCUUUAGGGGCCUUCUUCACAAGGGCAGAGCUGCAAAGUGUCCGGCUGUACCCCUACACCGACAGCCUCCACAUCUUUGUGGUUGCAGCAGAAAUCAUUUAUUUCCUCUUCAUUGUGUACUACAUGAUAGCACAGGGAAAGCUGCUGAAGAGUCUGAGAUGGAGAUACUUCCACAGCAAGUGGAAUCUCCUGGAGAUGGCCAUUAUACUGAUUAGCUGGAGUGCUCUGUCAGUGUUUGUGAAACGGACGGUCCUUGGGACCAGGGACAUCAGCUACUACCAGGAACACAAGGAGGACUCCAUAAGCUUCAGUGAAACAGCAAGAGCUGAUGCAGUUCUUGGCUACCUGAUUGCAUUCCUGGUGCUUCUCUCCACAGUGAAACUGUGGCAUCUGCUGAGGCUCAACCCUAAACUGAACAUGAUCACUUCAACACUGAGGAGGGCAUGGGGUGAUAUCUCUGGGUUCAUCACUGUUAUUGCAGUCAUGUUCCUUGCCUACUCCAUUGCUGCAAACCUGAUAUUUGGCUGGAAGCUCUUCUCUUACAAAACCCUCCUUGAUUCAGCAGAGACCAUGGUCAGUCUGCAGCUGGGAAUCUUCAACUAUGAGGAGGUCUUGGACUACAAUCCAGUUUUAGGCUCCUUCUUAAUUGGAUCCUGCAUCGUUUUUAUGACAUUUGUGGUACUGAAUCUGUUCAUUUCGGUGAUUCUGGUUGCUUUUAGUGAGGAGCAGAAACAUUACCAGGCUUCAGAAGAAGAGGAGAUUGUUGAUCUAAUGCUAAUGAAACUCUUCAGUUUCUUUGGGAUAAAAUGCAAGAAGGAAGAGAAGCCGGUCACUGGCGAACAACUGGAGCAACCUGUCAGCAAGUGAAGGAAGACCACCUUGAAAAGUCACUUUGCUUGUGGGCAAAUUAUUUACUUGUUUGCUAUCAGCUGCAGUGGUUAGAGUUAGGUUAGGCUACAGGCUUAGGUUAUUACAGCUUCUGACUAAAAUGGGUUUACCCAAGGGAAUGGCUGGAGCUGUGUCAGGGAAGGUUUAUGCUGGAUACUAGGAGAAGGUUCUUUCACCCAGAGGGUGUUGGGGCCCUGAACAGGCUCCCCAGAGAAUGGGCACGGCCCCAAGCCAAGGAGAGCUCAUGAAGCUUUUGGACAACGCUCUCAGCCCCAUGUGGGAUUGUUGGGGUGUCUCUGCAGGGCCAGGAGUUGGACUUCGAUCCUUGUGGGUCCCUUCCAACUCAGCCUGUUCUGCGACUCUGGGUAAACAACGUGAUGCUCACCCCUAAAGCGCUGCCGGCGUGUUAUUCUGGAGUAAUAGCUAAGAAAUAGCGGUAAGCCUAAGGCGAAACGUCCCACGUGCACUUGCUGUAGACUUGGCGCCUGUAUUUAUUUAAUAAACACCAAGCGGCUGUUGCACUGUCUGGCUGAAUCCUCUCCGUCUCCGCCGCGGCGGCGCACGGAACAUGGCGGCUCUGCUCCCCUCCCUCAGGGCCCGGUGCCCGCUGCCGCCGGG